AGAAUUACACAAGUGAAGGAAUUUUGAAGCUAAUUGGCAAUAGAGAGAAGGGCAACAAAAUCCUUUUGCAGAAUAAACUAUAAAGCACUUUAAAUGCCAACCAUUGCUGUCACACAUCGCAUUACGAUCUAAAUGCAUCUGAACUUCCAAUGUAAAAGAUAAAGUGCAAUACUUUGUGUUCGUGUUCGUGUUUCUUUUCUUUUGUUCAUUAUUCAGCUCCCUUUUCUCCCAAUUAGCAGCCCCUCUCGCUCUUAUUUAAAGGCCCCCAAAAUGGACACCAAAUUGUCACUCGCAAUGGGUUCUAAAAAGCCUUACAUUGCUGCAUUUUUCAUCCAAAUCACCUUCGCCGGAAUGAGCCUCAUGUCCAAGGCCGCCUUCGCCACCGGUAUGAGCACUUAUGUCUUCCUCUUCUAUCGCCAGGCCGCUGGAACCCUCGUUUUGGUCCCCCUCACUAUGAUCUUAAAAGGGAAGGAGAAGAGACCGUUGUCUUUGAAGAAUCUAUGCCAGAUUUUCGUCAUUUCAUUGAUAGGGAUCACUCUUGCAUUGGAUGCUUAUGGAGUGGCCAUUAAUUAUACGUCGGCAACUCUCGGCGCUGCAGCCUUUAAUUGCGUUCCUGUCACAACAUUCUUCUUUGCCAUCUUACUAAGGAUGGAGAAGGUGGAGGUGAAGAAAGCAGCAGGGAUGGCAAAGGUGGUGGGCAUAAUGGUGUGCAUGGUGGGUGCGGCCACCCUCGCUUUCUACAAAGGCCCCUACUUCAAACCACUAUUCACUCACACACCUUUUCACCACGCCCAGACCCAACCCCACCACUCUUCAACCUCCCAAAAAACUUGGAUGAUCGGUUGUUUCUUCCUCCUUCUCACCAGCAUCUCUUGGGGAAUUUGGUUCGUCCUCCAGGCUCGGUUCUUGAAGGGGUUCCCUUUCCCAAUGGAGUUCAUGUGUAUGCAAACGGUGAUGAGCACUGUUCAGUCGUUCGUUGUGGCCAUUGUGAUGGAAAGAGAUCCUUUGGAGUGGAAAUUGGGCUGGAAUGUUAGACUCUUUGCUGUACUCUAUUGUGGCAUACUGAUAAUUGGCGUGGCAAAUAAUGUGCAAUGUUGGGUAAUCAGAGAGAAGGGUCCAGUUUUUCAAGCCAUGACCACGCCCUUGAAUUUAAUCGCUACAAUCAUCGGUUCCCAAUUGCUCUUGUCUGAAGGAAUUUACUUGGGAAGUAUUAUAGGUGCAUUUUUGCUGGUGAUGAGUCUUUACAGUGUCUUGUGGGGAAAAAGCAAAGAGCUUGUCACUACUCCGACCAACCAACCAUCUACACCACAAAAGGAGUCUGAAGAGUCGACAUGUCGUACCGAAGUCAAAUCCACAUUAGUCUAAAAUAAACUACAUUUCAUCAUUCAUUGUGUUGAUUAGCUUCCUUUAUGCUAUAAAAUAGAUUUUCUCGUUUUGUAUCGCAUUUCGGUUACUAAUGAAAUAUAUAUCCAACUACAAAUUUCCAAUUA